AUGUUGCGUCGCUGUUUUACCCCAUCGCAUUUAAUCCCGUUUUUAUGUGGCGGGUGUUUGAGCAGCCGGCGGCAACUUGUCGUAGGCAAUAGUAAAAACGGCACGAAGCCUGUUGCUAGUGUGGACUGGACAGACCUUGUGGGAAAGGAACUGUGGUCAGAAAACCGACUGGCAGCGGGUGAGUUACUGGCAAUGAUGGAUUUAUGCGCCAAACGCGUUUCGGAAGUUUAUCUCAGCUCCAUGAAGCCGCGUGUAAGCUGCAGCACAGUGGGUGUAAGUACCACAACAUUUUACUCCCCUGUUCUGCACGGUGAUGUGGUUCGCAUGCAUGGACGCUUAAUUUACUGCGGAAGCAGUUCCAUGGGAAUUCACAUCCGCUUCUACAGACGAUCACCAUCUACCAUAACCGAAUCUCUCACGGGUGAAAGCUAUUUCACGAUGGUGGCAAUUGAUGAAAAUUUGCGCGCCGUUAAAACCGUUCCCGCGGUUGAGCUUACCGAUGAAAAUGAUGUGAGUUACCACAAUGGCUACUUGGCUGCACGCAAUAUUGCCGCUGAGGCAAAAAAGAUAUCAUCUGAUUUGCAGAAGAAAUCCAUAACUUGUAGCGAUGUGGAAUGCACUGUUAACGCGGCCAAACCCAUUCGCGUACCGAUCGCCUCCACGCGCACCUCUGCCCAUCGCAUUUUUUUGCUUUACCACCUGAAUAAUAACCGAACCAUCUUUGGUGGUGAAUUGAUGCGUUGGAUGGAGCGACAUGCCGUUCAUUGCGGUCGCAUGUUCACGGGCAAUCGUCACAUCUCAACGGUUGCCAUGCAUAAUGUGGAGUUCCAUCAUCCCGUGUUUGGUACUGAUUGGGUAACGUUGGAGGCGGAUAUUAUUUAUGUUCACAACACAACAAUGGAGGUUGACGUCAAACUUGUGGUGGAACGCGAUGGCCAUGUCGUUACCACAAACCGUGCCUCUUUUGUGUUGAUUAAUCUAAACGAGAUCGGGCAAAAGACGAUUAUUCCGAAAGGAUUAGAUUUGAGUGCAGCGACGGAGGAGGAACUGCUACGUUUCGCUGAGGCAAAGGAGCGGUAUCGGAGGUCGCGCAAUAGCAGGCGGUAG